AUGCGAACGACUGAGCUUCCCGAGUCGGCGGAAAAUGAGCCGUUGGAGUGGCUCGAAACCCUCAUGUGCCGCACCCUGGGAGAAGCGUUUGCGCUCGCUCACGGGGAAAGUGACCAGGGCCGAGCGCACGCUCUGAGCACCGUUCACCAAACGAGUGUGUGGGAGAGUCUUGUACCCAUCGCUCUGAAACGCAUCACUGACGGUGCUCAGCGCGUUGCCGCCAACGCCGAAGCCAACACUGGACUCGCCACUAGCAGCGGCAGCGGCAGCAGCAGGACGCUGGCAGCACUCGAGGCACUCUCCACGCUCAAACGACGGCAGCGCCAGCAGCAUCAAGCACAGCACGCGCUGGAAAACGCGGUACAACGGCUAUAUCUGACGGACUCGUUUGCUAGUCUGGAGACACGGCUAGAGCAGCAAGUACGUGCGCUCUGCAGACGCCUCCGAGGACUGGACCUCUAUACCGAUGAGAACGGCGACGGAGUCGUGCUCACCCUAAGCAGUACCACCAUGCUCAUCGAUAUCGACGCGAGGACCGCUCACACACGUGUACGAUACGUCGACGAGCACGGCACCGAAGUAGACGACCCGUAUGCGGAGCGAGACAUUCGCGAAUGUCUGCUUCGUGGCGACAUGGACGGCCUUGCGAAUCGGUUGCAGGUUCUCCUGGACUUGGAAGAACUCGCUUCCGAACCGAGUCUCCGGGCGACAAUGCACCCACGCACUUGUCUGAUGACAUGGAAUGAUGCACUGGUUGCUAAAACGGCGGAUGCUGCAACGCUCUCGCUGAAGGCUUGCGCGCAGUGCAACGUACCGUUGGCCUCUGUGCGACGCACAGACGGUUUAUCGCUAAUCUUUGACGUGAAACCGUUGGCGCUUUUCGUUCCGGAAUGGCAGAAUGCGACGCUGGAGCAGGUGUCAUCCACGUCCGUGGUUCGCAAAGCGCACCUGCGCUUCGAGCCUGUCGUCGUUUCCGUCGAUGGUACCGUCACAACGUGUGUACGACCGGUGCUCCUGCUGGAAACGCCACUGCUGAUCACCACAUCGAUCUGGAGAAGGUGCCAUUGCCCUGCGGACGACGGUACACAGAGGGCAAGUGUUGCACCAGCGCCGUUGCAGACGUCGGGUUGCGGGGUACGGCGCGUAUCGCUCUGGCAACUCCUGCUACAACGAAACGAACACCACCGACUUGCUCGGCAGCAUGCAUCCGACGAGCAGAAUGGCCCACGAGCAGCAAGGCCUGAAGCCGUCGCUUUUGAGGCUGUGCCUCCUAGUCCAGCGCGAUUACCUGCUGCGUCUGGAGCGACACCCACAUCGCCACAUGGUGUGCAGUUCGCCUUCGAUGAGAGCGAACCCGCGCUUUGGAUCCAUCGCAUACCGCUUGCGGAGGUUGAUGACGUCCUGCGGAUAGCGCCGCUUCUACGCCAGCAAUGGGUUCUUCUGGAUUUAAUGGAGAGCCUUCUGCCGUCUUGUGUAGCGUCGAUAUCGGACAGGCUCAGGGAGGGAGCGCCCUGUCCAGCUUGGCCUAUGGGAUUGCCGGCGAGUGCAGCUACUGCAGCUGCUGCCCCUGCAGUGCGCUCAAUGGUAGACGAACGCUGGGCCGAUUCCGAGGCAUCCUCCGUUCAGACAAGGACGCACGAUAUCCCUUGGAAUGGUCGGUGGCGUGCGCGGCAAGAGCACCGGGAUGACCGUGCGGUUCUCAUCCUGGAUGCGGAGCGAUGCCCGAGUGCAGCCUCUUCGGUGUCGUUGUUCCAAGCGGCAUGCGAGGCUACCAGUCCAGGCGCUGAACAUGCGGAUGUUGGCGUGACGUCGCCCUCACCAGCACCGAGGCGGCUUGAGAUUGUUGUUUGCGCUGACGGAGGUCUGCGCGUAUUCCAGAACGGUGAAGAUGAUCCACGCUUAAGCAAACUGGUACAGACUUCGCGCAAUAUUCCGUUAUCGAUAGCCGUUGCCACCACAGGCGCUGCAAUUCGCGCGAAUCGGAUAGUUUCCUGA